AUGGUGUCUAGGACUCUCAUUUCCUCCUUCCUCUUCAAUCUGUGGGCUUACGGCUCGCCAAUAAUUGGUCAAACUUCCACGUCAAGUCAAGAUAGGGUUCGCAGUCAAAGUAGGCUUGAUAAGGAGAUUGAUUACCUUGCAAAGUCGGUAACUAUCGACAAGGAUAAUCCGCCAUUCUACGAUGCCAUAGAUACUAAUCCUGACGGGCUUGGCCUUGGCAUAUUUAACGCAUUGGAAGAACCCUGCCCAAGUCGAUUUAAUUUUUUCUCUUGCGCAAGGCUUCAUUUCUUCGCGCGCCGGACUAUGAUCCCCGAAUCUGCCAAGGUUUCCAUCAAUUACACGACUGCCGAAGGCAAAGCUAUUAUUAAUAAUUCUGGGGUUGACGGAAAUUACAAAUACGAACUAGCUUCGGCAGAAAUAAAAUCCACGACUACAGGCUGGACUGUUGGCUCGGAUUAUUCGUCGGAAUCCGGGUUCAAGAUUUCUGCCGCAUACAGAAACGAAUAUACUUCCACCGAAGCAAUCACGGAAACACAAGGCGAUAUUUUUCCAUGUCGCCCUGGAAGAAAAUGUUCCGUAAAUACAGUGGCUUUCUACGCUACAAUUGAUGGAAUGUGUCAGGCCAAUCCGUCGAUAGCAUGCGCAGGUGUUUUUCGUGAAGAUGAUUUGGAAGGCUUUGGUGACGCAUGUACUCGGACGGGCCGGUUUUUCUCGGGCAUAACACCCGAGGAAGAUUGCCAGCAGAUGACCGACUUUACAACGAGAUUCUGUGGAGACAACAGACCAAAGCCAGUGCCGUGCUCGAUCUCAUUUCCAUUAUAUAGCGGAGGGAAGCCCUAUGCUGCAUGGGUUCAAACUGACGACACCCAACCAGUUCCAAAUGCCGAGUUUAGCGCAGGGGGUCCUUUUGCUGCCAUUCAAGGUAAAAGCAGUAAAAAUGGGAAAAGGGAGGAACCCGAGCUGUCACCGUUGGAUGCCAUUAUUAUUGGCUGGCCGUUCAAUAAUGCAGUUACUCUAGACAGUUAG